AUGUCGAUCUUGGUGGCAUGGAAACUUACAUUGCAAGGGGCCGAUAUCCUCGCGUACAGCGACAGUGCAUCUCCGUGUCAAGUGUUCAUCCCAGACUGCUUCAACGAUAAUACCGCGAAUAUCGAUUGGAUGCCACCAGACAACGAGGAAAAGCAGAAAGCACUGGGAGAGUGGUUUGGCAAUGCACAUCCGCCGACUCAUCUACCCAAAGUCAACGGUUUUCUCGAGGCAGCCGAGGCAGCUCACAAAGGAAUCAAACAAUGGGCUGUAGUCGGAUACUGCUGGGGUGGAAAGAUGACGAAUUUGCUUGCAGGAGAAGGUACUCGUUUCGAGGCCGCAGUCCAGACGAGUUCAGCGAUGGUCGAUCCAACAGAAGCGAAGAGUGUUACGAUCCCUACGAUGAUCUUGGCCAGUAAAGAGGAACCAAAAGAUGCUGUUGAGGAGUACGUUGCGAAUCUGGUAGUCUCGAGGCACGUUGAAACUUUUGGAGAUCAAGUCCACGGCUUCAUGGGUGCAAGAGCUGACUUGGCAGAUGCGAACGUCAAGAAAGAGUACGAGCGAGGAUAUCAACUCGUCUUACAGUUUCUGCACGAGCAAACCAAAUAG